CAAGCAUUCAAUUUCAAGGCAUUUUCUGUGUGGAUGUCGGGGCAAGUUUCAUCAAGGACGUAUUUGGCACCGACCGAGGUCGAGUUCCUUCAAUGCUCUUCGGAAACUUCCUCAUACUAUACGUUUCGGUGUCAAUUUCCUGGCUGCAACGCUAGAUACCGACGCAAAGCGCACCUGAACCGGCACCAAAGAUGUCACACAAGUCAGCAGGCUUUUUUUUGUUCCAACUGCGGGCGCGGGUUUCAACGGAGUGACACCCUUCGACGUCACAUACGAAAGCAGCACAAAAUAAUAGAACCUCUGAACCGCGCGCGUCAAGCGUGUGUGUGUUGCCAUGCAGGGAAGACUCGGUGUGAAGGGGGCAUACCAUGUGAAGAGUGUGUUCGUCGCAAUGUUCAAUGUUCUUUCCAAGAGCACGCCAGUAUUCCAGAAGAGCAACCAACCGGAUCAUCUAUGCCACUCUCGCCAUCUUUAAACCAUAGAGAGUCACGGUCAUAUUACUGGGAGAAGAGGAAAAGGUGGAUUAAUUGUUAUUUUGAGAUCUUUCAUCCGCGCUGGCCUCUCAUUCAUAGAGGAUCCUUCAAUGUGCAGCAGGAGAACCCGACACUUUUACAAUCAAUGAUGGCUAUAGGUAUGUGGACAUCAGGAGAACAGUCUGCUCAGUCGGCGGCAGUGGAGCUUUAUAAUAAACUUGACUUCGCUAUACGAGACCAAAGGCAAAAUUGGGAUGCUUCAGAAGUAGAGGAAGCCUGUAGCUCCUGCUUCUGGCCAAUUGCCACAUACCAGGCUAUUCUACUGCAUGUUAUUCUCUCUAUUAUCAUGAAGGCUGAUGGGGUUGUUAACCUCGACCUCAAAGCAUCUAUUUCCGCUACUGAUUUAGCGUUGCUUAAAUCACUUGUCGGAAGCUGCCGAAAACUGGGCAUGUUCUUUUACCCGAACAUGCUCGCCAGGUAUAAGGAAGCUGACCUACCCUCAUUUGCCUGGGUUGGUAUUGAGGAACUCAAACGGUUUAGCAUGGCCCUUUACAAGCUUUGUGCAAAAGCAAGCAGCUUUAGCACAGAUAACAGCCCUCUGCUGCACGCGAGAGAACUUCAAUUCCCACUGCCAAGCAACGAUCCCUUGUGGAAUUCCGUUAAAAGAGAUGAGUGGGAAGCCAAUGCAAGGGACGAAACAAUUUCCUUGAAAGAUAACUUACAAACAAAGUGGAUUUCAAAUUCUGCCGAUGUAUUGAAUUUUCUUGGCUCAUAAACCAUGGCCCUAUAAUCAGCAAUGAACCAAGCACUGGUGCUACGCCCUCU